AUGGGUCUCAGCGCUCCGCUCCUCCUCCUCCUCCUCUUCUUCUGCGCCCUGCUGCCAGUGGCCUGGCCCUGCACGCCUCAGAAAGCCGACUACGUGAUGGUGUCCUGCUUCCCCAACACCAUCAUCGCCCACGUGCCAGAGUGCCCGUACGGCUGGGAGAUCGCCCAGCUCUCUCUGGGGGGCCUCUGCUACAACGGGGUCAACAGCCCCGGAUACUACCGAUUCGCCAUCCCCGACCUCACCCCCCGCAACAACUCCUACUGCGGCACUCAGUCAGAGUACAUCGGAGGCAAAGACCCAAAGUACGUCUUCUACAACUCCAUCGUGUCGAACGACUCGUCCCUCACCGUGCGUAACCAGCCGGUGAACUACACGUUCAGCUGCACCUACCGCGCCGCCUACCUGGUGAACAACGCCGUCUUCAGCCAAAGAGUGGCCACUGUCUACGUCAACAACGGGAGCGUAGGGUCCUUUAAGUCUCAGCUGUCCAUGAACGUCUUUACUAACUCCAAGUUCCUGUACGCUAAAGAUGCUCCCUAUGUGAUUGACACGUCAGAGAUCGGCUCCGAGGUCUUCAUCGGCAUCGAGGCCAAGGGUCUGAGCAACAGGUUUAAGGUGGUGAUCAGUAACUGCUGGGCCACGCCGUCCCCGUACUCUACAGACAAGAAGAGAUGGAGCCUCAUCAUCAACAGCUGUCCGUCUGACAACACAGUCACCAUAUUUGACAACGCCAAGGACAGCCGCUCCACCUUCAAGUUCAACUCGUUCCGCUUCCAGAGGCUGGACAAGGUGUCCACUGUGUGGCUCCACUGCGAUGUCCAGCUGUGUGACGGAGAGAAGCUCUACUGCCAGCCAAUUCCUUGUACGGCACGGGGCGUCCGAUCAGAUCCAGAGCUUUCAGGAGGAAUCCUGACCACUGAGCUCCACGUUAGAGGUAUGGCCAUGACAGCAUCAUGUCACACGUCAGGAAAAGUUCCAGGGGUAGCAGCUAGCACUCCUAGCACCUAG